AUGGUGUGUGUGGCCCUGCGGGACUCGGAGCCCUCCUGGCCUCCCCUGAGCUACGGGGGCCUCACGCCCUGGCCUGCUCAGCCACUGGUCUGCCAGUCUGUCGACUGCUACCGUGACGGGAGGCUGUCGCUGGGUGAAGAGUGUGAAUCUGAUGGCAAAGUACACACCAUCUACCCAUCCACCCACCCAUCCAUCCACCCAUCCACCCACCCAUACAUCAACCCACCCACCCACCCACCCACCCAUCCACCCACUCAUCCAUCCAUCUACCCAUCCACCCAUCCACCCACCCACCCAUCCAUCCAUCUACCCACCCAUCCAUCCACCCACCCACUCAUCCAUCCACCCACCCACCCAUCUAUCCACCCACCCACCCACCACCCAUCCACCCACCCAUCCAUCCAUCUACCCAUCCACCCAUCCACCCACCCAUCCAUAUACCCAUCCAUCCACCCAUCCACCCACCCACCCACCCAUCCAUCCACCCAUCCACCCAUCCAUAUACCCAUCCACCCACCCAUCCACAUACCCAUCCAUCCACCCAUCCACCCACCCAUCCAUCCACCCAUCCACCCACCCAUCCAUCCACCCAUCCAUCCAUCCACCCACCCACCCACCCAUCCAUCCACCCACCCACCCACCCAUCCAUCAUCCACCCAUCCAUCCAUCUACCCACCCAUCCAUCCAUCUACCCACCCACCCAUCCACCCACCCAUCCACCCACCCACCCAUCCAUCCACCCACCCACCCAUCCAUCCACCCAUC